AUGGAGAUCCUCACCUUCGAGGUAGUGGAUUUCGUGGGAUCCUACCAUGCAAUCUUCGAGAGGUCAUGCUACGCAAAGUUCAUGGCAAUCCCGAACUAUACCUACCUCAAGCUCGAGGUCCUCGGGCCCCAUGGCAUGAUCACAGUCAGCACAAACCAUGAGUUCGCACUUCUCUGCGAUGUGGAGAACUGUGAGCUGGCGACACAGACCAUCCACUAUCUCCAGUUCUUUGAGAUCCAGCAGAUCAUGCAGGAGAUGGCCCUAGACUCCAACAAGGCCUCGACCUCAAGGGCCUUCAAGCCCAUGGAGGACACCAAGGCUGUCCAGAUCAAACCCGAGGACUCCAACAAGGUGGCGCGGAUCAGCACCGUGCUGUCCCCCAAAUAG